AUGGUCCGCUCAAUUGAUUUCAGCCCGGGCCGCUCGCGGCUCAGAGGCGUUAUCGCAGCUGCGGCUCUGCUGUGCUUGGAGCUGACGGGAUCCCCGGGCCCCUCCGGCCCCGGGAAGCUGCCGCCGCCGGCCACCGAAGGGACAGGCCUCUGCCGCUCCGAGGACGGUCCCGGGGGCACCAACCCCCGUGCUCGGGCCCGCUGGGCUGCCGGCAGCUCUGCUUCUUUUGGGACAGGGAGGGGGAUUCGGAGGUUUCUGUCUAUCCCCCCCACUUUCAGAGUGGUGAAAGGCAUCAUAAAAGUGUCUUCUCUCCCCUUCAGAUAUCACCUCCUCAAACUCCUUCAGAAGUUUGGCAAAGUAAAGCAAUUUGACUUUCUCUUUCACAAGUCUGGUGCUCUGGAGGGGCAGCCGAGGGGUUACUGUUUUGUGAACUUUGAAACCAAACAGGAAGCAGAAAAGGCGAUCCAGUGUCUCAAUGGGAAGCUGGCCCUUUCCAAGAAACUGGUGGUGCGGUGGGCUCAUGCACAAGUCAAGAGAUAUGAUCACAAUAAAAAUGAGAAGAUCCUUCCAAUCAGUCUGGAGCCAUCUUCCAGCACGGAGCCGCCCCAGUCUAACCUAAGUGUCAGCGCGAAAAUAAAGGCCAUUGAAGCCAAACUGAAAAUGAUGGCAGAAAACCCGGAUGCAGAAUAUCCUGCAGCACCUGUUUAUUCUUACUUCAAACCACCGGAUAAGAAAAGGACUACUCCUUAUUCCAGAGCUGCCUGGAAAUCUAGAAGAUGAUGCUUAUGAAUGGAUAAUGGUAGCAAGACACACUGCUUUGUAUACCCGGAGUCCUCCAAUGCUUUUGUACUUUGUAGAGUGAGAAGGAUGCCACCACCUGAGCCCCCCGCCGCUGCCCACGGCGCAGUGUUCCCUGACACCUUCGGUGGUCUGCUGCCUCCUCCUUGCUGCCAGCGCAGCUUCGCAGCUGAAGGCUGUUCAGAAAAGUAGGUUCCCUUCAAAGCCUCUGAUGAACAUGCAGACAACCUCUCGUUAGUGUGCAUUCAUUAGCAAGAUUAGAAGCAGUUAACCAGUGUAUGGAGUAAAGCACAUCCAAAAAUACUCCAUUUAACUGAUUACUUUUUAAAGUAUUUUUGAACAAAAAAAAGUAUUCCGAUUCGUGUUUUUAAUGGAGGGCACUUGGUUUUGAUUAACAUUCUGUAGUUACCACGGAAAACUUUUUCAUCUCAAUAAAACUCAUUUUAAAUAGAUUUUGCAACACUUUUAGUAACUGUGCAUGCAAUAUUUUAUAUGCACCAAAGCAAAUUCGUUUUGCAUUUCGAUUUGCAAACUUUAGGGUAUUACUUUACAAUGUGACAACCUUAAGAUAAUGACAUAGCACGGGUAUUUUCAGUGUCAUUUAGGUGGUAAGUAUGUGCCCCCGUGUAGGAAUUAGUGUGUUUACACCCCCCCGAGGCCUGCGCUGAGCUUCAGAGCGCAGCAGUGGCAUAUCUAAUGUUGGUGAUCAGUUCGUUGCUCUUCAGCAACCAGAUGUGACAGCGUGAGAAUAACGCUGCAGCCUCUGAGACAUCUGUCAAGCACAUGACCUCACCGUUUGCCCACCAGCCAGUCCAACGCCUGCUUUUCACUGGCUGGUAAAAGGUGGCCAGUUGCCUCUUGGUGUAAAGUGGCACAAGCAUUUGUGCCAAAAUGAUUCCUCUGUGCGCGGGGGAUGACCUGCACCAGGUGCUUAAUUUGCGAGUCCAAUGGAUGGCGUUUCACUUGUGCCACAGAUCAGAUGGUUUGUUUUUCUCCCCAAGUAGAAAUAUGAGGGGAAAAAAACCCACAACCAUGUCUGGCAGCGUUUUCUCCUCGGGACACACAGCGCCGCGACUGCGUGUGCAAGGGGCACCUUGGAGAACGUUUAUGCUCGGGUCCAGGGGUUCUGAUUUUACCAACGUCUGCUCACCGGUGAAUCUUCACCUCUCGAGUUGCUUCCCCAAGCUGGUUAACAAUGGUCUCAAGAGGAGGAAAAUCACUUGUAAACAGCCCCUGGUUGCUGUACACAGGUGUUGCUCCCUGGCGUAGCACAGUGAGGUUUGUAGUCCCGCGGCAGCGCGCCUCCCUCCUGGCAGAGCACGUGUCCCAGCCCAGCGUCUGGGACGAGGCUCUGCCUGUCUGAUGGGUGGGUUGUUAAAAGCCUGAAUUGUUCCAAAGUAGGCCUCGUGCUGUUAAAUAUUUGCUUUCUAGUUUUUUGGUACCUGAGUAAAGAGAAAAGUAGUAUCAUUGGGAGUUUGUACCCCUGUGAAUGUCAAUAACACCCCUUUACAUUC